UUCCCUUUCUCCGCAAGAGCUGCUACUUGUCGUCGGAGCAGCGGUCAUGGCAGCAGGGGAGGCCUCCCGGGCGUUGGUUUACGGCGGUAGAGGGGCGCUGGGCUCCGCCUGCGUGAGGCACCUGCGGGCGAAGAACUGGUGGGUGCUCAGCAUUGAUUUAGCCGAAAAUCAAGAGGCGAGCGCCAACGUCGUGGUACAAAUGGGCGAUUCGUUUGUGGAACAAGCAGAGCAGGUAACGGAAGAUGUCAGAAAAGUCCUGGGUGAAAACAAGGUGGAUGCUAUCCUCUGUGUGGCUGGUGGAUGGGCUGGAGGCAGUGCCAAGGCGAAAUCUUUAUACAAAAACAGUGACCUGAUGUGGAAGCAAAGUGUUUGGACUUCAACCAUCUCUAGUCACUUGGCUACGAAAUACCUGAAGGAAGGGGGCCUAUUAACUCUAACAGGUGCAAAAGCAGCAUUAGUUGGAACACCAGGAAUGAUUGCAUAUGGCAUGGCCAAAGGAGCUGUCCAUCAACUCUGCCAGAGUCUAUCUGGUUCAAACAGUGGCCUCCCCGCUGGCGCUGCAGCUGUUGCGAUCCUCCCGGUUACCUUGGAUACUCCGAUGAAUAGGAAGUCCAUGCCAGAUGCUGACUUCAGCUCCUGGACGCCACUAGAUUUCAUCACAGGAACCUUUUAUGACUGGAUCAUCGGUAAAAACCGGCCAGAUUCUGGAAGUUUGAUCGAAGUGGCAACAACUGGAGGAAAAUCUGAACUUUCACCGGCCCAUCUCUGACCAAGGAGUGACAUUUGUGCAAACAGGAGUGAAGUCAUAAAGAUAUAAAAUCUGUCUAGUGUGUUUGAUCACCUUCUGUUCCUGUCCAUUAUCUGGCCUUAUUUGUGGAACCAGAUCUGCAGUUGUGUUGUGUUGCUAAAUGUGACACAGUGAGACUUAAUUAUUCAAAGAUGCAAGGCAUCUUGCAUUUAAUUAGAGAAAUGAGUUUCAAAAUGGAUUAAUGACUUAAUUUUGCUGAAUGAAAACUAGGGAGGGAGAGCAAGCAAGAAGCAAGUGACAAAACAUGGCUCAUGAGGCAAAUCCCACAACUUAUGUAUUUGCAUCUAAUGUUGGUGUGCAAGUACAGAAGAAUGAAGCUUGCAUUGGGACAUCUCUGCCCUCAUUUAUAGGUGAAUGGAAUGGAAAAUUGUCCUCUUGUAAGAAUACUUGUAUUUCUGUGAGUGGCCAUCUUGAAUGUUAUCCAAGUAGAUGUGCUCAGUUGUCAUAUAUUAAGAUGCAAUACUGUUACUCUUCUUGAAUAACUAUGACCAAGACCAAAACAAGGAUAUGCAUUCUGCCUUCCCCCUUCACAAAAAAUACCCUAAAAACAACCUAAAGAAUGUGAGUGCUGCACUUAAUUCUUCAUUCCUGAAUACUUUCUGAAUUUUCUUUACAAAUGCAGAAAGAAGAGUCCAUUUAACAUGGACAGUAUUGUUGCUGUCAUUUGCCUUAAAAGCAACAAAAAUUGUCAGUGCAGAGUGCCAAUUCUCAGGGCUGGUAUAUCUGGCGUAUUCCUGCUACCAUGUCCACAAAGAAAGCUGUUGACCUUAUUUUUUUUUCAGGAGAGUAAUCCUUCAGAUGAAUUCUUCAACCCAUACCAGUGAUGUUGCUAAGUUGUAGCUAAGGGUUUCAAAGUCUACAAAUUCCCUACAACUCCUGACCCAGGGCAAAAGGUUUAACAUUUGAUAUGUUUGAUUUGUGCAUCUGGAGGAAAAAUGAUGAUUUUCUUAGUAACCAACAGGAAGAGAUGAUGUCAUAUACACACAUGGGUUGCAGAUUGACUUACAACUCCUUGGUGUUGAAAGCAUUUGACAGGUAUAGAAUGUUUAGAUUUUGGCCCCAAAAUGUUAUGUCUAAAUGGUGUCAUUCUGAAGAUGAUCUGGCAGUUUUUCAGAAGUAAAUCUGAACAAAAAAUUCUUGGAAUGUAAAAGAUUCACUUUCAGAAAACUGCUGGGUCUCCUGAUGUGUUUCUAGAAAAAUCAGAUGUGAAAUGGUUUUUAUCUACCUGAAGCUCACUGAGAUAGAUAACAACUAUCUCACCUUAGAAGAAAUGCAGUUCUUCAUUCUUGAUCCAGCAAUUUCUACUUUUACCUCCCCGGGGCAGCUGUAAGAAUCAGUUGGGUCUACCCAUGCACAAACAACUUAAUGAAUACUCCACAUAUAUAACUUUUUAAAGUUGAGCUUUAAAACAGUGAAAUAGCCAAAAUGUUGUUAUCUCCAUAUAGAAUGUGUACUUAAUAAAUGUGCUUAAUAGGAGAAAGUGUAAGUAGUCUUUCAUGGUCUUUUAUGAGCCCUAGUGGUGCAGUGGUUAGAAUGCAAUAUUGCAGGUUAACUCUGCCCACAGCCUGGAAUUAGAUCCUGAUGAGGCUCAAGAUUGACUCAGCCUUCCAUCCUUCUGAGGGUGGUAAAAUGAGGAUCUGGAUUGCUGGGUGCGAUACACUGACAUUGUAAACUGCCCAGAGAGUGCCGUAAAGCACUAUGGGGCAGUAUAUACGUCUUAAGUGCUAUUGUUAUUUGUUGCUUUUCCUCAAAUGCUCCUUGAAAAUUUAUCUUCAUAUUGGAUAAACUCUUUUUAAUGAUUUACAAUCUGCAAAAUGAUGGACAUAUAAGUAUUUAUAUUAAAUAAAUUUAUUUAAUGAAUAAACAAAUGUUGUAAGACUGCACAAGGAUAUUGAUAUAAAAGGCAGUAUAUAAGCAUUGUGAAUAUCCCUAUAGAUGAUAUAUGAUAAAAUGUGUUCAACUGUUUCAACAUUUUUUGUUCAACACAAACAUGUUUUUCAAAUAUGAUUUUAGACAAUUUUCUGUAUAAGUGAUGCUGAAGGCAAAAUAGAAAAAAAAAUCCUUAAUUUGAGAAUGCAAGUAAGGAGAGAUAAUUGGCUGUUUUCCAAAAGUCUUGGUCAUCCAAAUCCUAUUUCUUUGUGAUAAGCUAUUUACCUCUCCCUGCAUACUUAAGCAAUAUACAGAAAAGGAUUUAAUGCAACUAUCUUAAAAUACAAAUCAAAUUAUUUCACCAGUUAAAACAUAUCUGAAAUGUCUGCAUUCCUAUGCAUAUGUCAGACUCUGCUUUGACUGGAACCAACUGAGGCCUGAAAUCCUGACAAAGCACGAAGCAUUUUAAAAAAUGAUUAUUUCCAGAGCAACCCUGUAAACCAGAAGGUCAUUGGUAGGUGAUGAGGCCAGCAAGUCUCUGAAUAACUUAAUGGGGAAAACACUUCACCAAGAUGUUGGGACCUUUAUUUACCAACUGUAUUACCUUAGCUUGGGAGCUAUGAGGCAGUCUUUCAGACCCCUCAGAUUCUUUAUCGGGAAGCUGGCAUUCUGUUGGGAGGGGGGAAUGUGUGGGUCCUGGCAUGUGAUUCUUUUGCUUUGGUCUUAUACAUUUUGAUGUAUCUCUUUGGCUGUGAAAGGGGAAAGGAAUGUGCCUAGGGCCAUCUGCCUUAUCUCUGCUCUGCUGGGAAGAAGAUGCAAUGCUUGGGAACAGUACUUUAUCAUUCUUUCAUCUUCCAGUUCCCAUAAAAACUUUGCACCUGUGGAUUGGCUGGAAAUGGACUAGACACUUGGGCACUUGGGAGGGGUUCUGAAGAGAGGGGUUUCAUGUAACGUUUUGCAUGGAAAAUAUUCAGAUCUUGCCUUGCCUUUCUGCUUU